GCAUGUGAGGGGCUGGGGUGUCCCUGCUGGCGGUUUCCUGUAACAACAACGACCCGUUGUGCUCAGUUUUUUGUCCUCUAAAGCAAAAUCACAUGGUGCCUAUUUUGUCAUAUGACACUGAUGAGAGGACUGACUCCCGGCGAGAGAGCCUCGUCCUCCGGGAAAACAAAGUCAGCUCGACCACUUGUCAGGGAUGCUGUAAAGUGAACUUUGCGUGGAGGUAUUUCUCGGGAAAUCCGGAGGAUGGACGGUCGGGGAGUUUUGUCUGCGAUAGCCGCCGCUUGUUUCUUGGGCAUGGUGGUGAGCCAGACUACACUCGCUCCCGCUGUGGUGAACACCACUCUCAUUGAGAAUGUGACCAGUCUGACUCCAACACCCGUGAUUUUCAGCAGCACAACCCCGGGCUGCUCCGCCUUCAACCUCUCUACUUGUGAGCCCUGCGCACCGGGAUCCCAGUUUGACAACAACACCCUGCUGUGUACGUGCUGUCCCGACCGCGGGCUGUGUGUAUUUCCUGGAGCGUGCCUGCCAUGCGGCAAGGGAUUUUAUCAGCCGCUGGCGGGACAGCAGGAGUGUUUGCCCUGCAACCGGGGCUUCUACACCAACUUCACUGGAAGUCCAUUGUGUCACCCCUGCCCCGUUGGGUCCUUCAACAAUAACACAGGGGGAGAAACUUGCACAAGUUGUCCGCCAGGUUCCUUUACGUCAAAGCAGAGUUCUACUUCCUGCUCGCCGUGUGCGCUGGGAACUUUUUGCAACUCGUCUGGCUGCAGCCAGUGCCAGAUGUGUCCUGGAGGCACAGAAGCUCUCCAGCCUGCCUCCAGAGACUGCACACCGUGCCGGCCAGGCAUGCACAAGGCUCCCCAUCAGCCCAUGUGUCAAAUCUGCAGCAGCGGCUUCUUCCAGAUCCACUGGGGCCAGGAAACUUGUGAUGUCUGCCCGGAGAAUCACUACUGUCCAAGCCCUGACGUGAACCCCAUCCGGUGUCCGAAUGACGCUUUCUGUCCAGAGGGCAGCUUGGCCCCGGGCUACUGCAUGGAGACUUUCUUCCGGAAAGCAGGGGACACUUGUGAACUGGCUCCUGUCACCAUUGCGCUGUUAGUCAUCGGAGGAGGGGUGGCCUUACUCUUCAUCGUUUUAAUGGUUCUACGUCGACGGAGAGACACCGACGGAGAGCUGACGAUGGCCCGGGCUCCAUUGUUACGCAAAGAGCGACCUCAGGGCCGGUACUACGGGCUGCCCUGCGACGCGGAGCCCGUAUAUGCCGGCUGGUGAACCACAGGAAACGGAACUGUUGACCGAUAAAAAAAAAUAAAUAAAUAAACCCUGAAAUGGUACCUUGGAGUGUACAGUCCACCAGCUUUUCAAUGUGGUACAUCUGAAAAUAUUCUUGACAAAUGGAAGUUGAUUAUUUUAUAAAUUCUUAUAGUUUGACAUUGUUGAAAUUGUUCCCCUCAGAGAUAAAUGUUCCUUUUGUACGCUGGGUUAUUGGAUUACGAGAGGCACGCAGGAGCGGGGAAACAUGCGUCGACUUGGUGGGGAAUCUUUUCCUCUUUUUAUGAAAAGCACUUUUUUUUUUAAACAACGUCAAUGUCAUUUCUCGUGACAGAGAGGUGUGAACUGUGGCUGAUGCCUUGUGGGUUUUUUUUUUAAUGCGUUCGAUUAUUGUGUUUGGUUGUUUGUAGUUUCAUUGCUGGCUUUGCUUAAUGGUUUUCUUCUUUUUUUAAAUGUUAUAUUUGUAUGUUUUAACAGGAAAUAAAAAAAAUGUUCAGAUUUCUAA